UCAAUUAGUUUAAAAGAUUGCACAAUGGAAUGGAGUACGCAACGGAUGCUUUUUUUGUGUGUGUUACUGUUUUAGACUACGCUAUACGAGAAGUUACUGAUCUUUGUUUUUGUGAAGCAUGAGCUGAAAGCCUACGUAGGUACUUAUAAGCUGCAUUAAGACAUUUAUGUUGUCUUUGAUUUUGAUUGUCGCUUUAAUAAUCCGUUUACUGUAGUUGCGCAGUGUUUGCACAAAUGUUGUGAAAGGGGAGACGUUUUUAUUUAAAAUGCCCGCGCCAACAUUAACUUUUUUAAGCAAAGGGUGUUUCAGGGCAUUUUGAUGCUAAACGAGAAACCUUGCGCAGUGCAGUAAACGAGUUUUUUUUUUUUAUUAUUUAUUUUUUUAGAUAAAUUAUUAGGUACAUUAUAUACCAGAUCAUUAUAUGCUUUUAUUUCUCAUCACCAAGACUGUGUUUAUCAAGACGACUCUGAAAAUAACAACAACAAUAACAACAACUGCAAAACCAUGGGCCGUUUGUUUUUUUAAAUUACCAACAAAGCAACAGCAAACACAUUGGUUGGGAAGAAAAAGGAUGCAAGCUUUGCUUGAGAGAACGCACAACCCGCCCUGGAAUAAUCGCACAUGAAUCAUUUUCACCCGGUUUUCGUGAUGAAAGUGUUACGCAGAAAGAGGAUGGUUUUAUUUAUCGCCUACAUUUUACUUAUCAUUUUAACCAUGCUGAACCUGGCUAACUAUAAAUGGACUAAGGAGCCACAGCAAUGCAAUCACCAGAUGAGAAGCACUCCCUACCAGAGCCGGUCAGAUAUCCGUUAUUUAUACAGAUCCUCCAUGGAUAAAAAGAGACAGCUGGUGUACGUUCUCACCACCUGGAGAUCUGGAUCGUCCUUUUUCGGUGAGUUGUUUAACCAAAAUCCCGAAGUUUUCUUCUUCUAUGAACCGAUGUGGCACAUCUGGCAGAAGCUGUACCCGGGGGACGCUGUGUCUCUCCAAGGCGCUGCUAGGGACAUGCUGAGCUCUUUAUACCGGUGUGACCUUUCUGUUUUCCAGCUUUACAACUCGCCAGGAGGCAAAAAUGUAACUUCCCUUGGGUUAUUUGGAGCUACACUAAACAAAGUGAGCUGUUCCUAUCCGCUUUGUUCAGCAUAUAGGAAAGAUGUGGUCGGUAUGGUGGAUGAUAAAGUUUGUAAGAAAUGCCCUCCUCAAAGCCUGAGGCUGCUGGAAGAAGAAUGUCUUAAGUACAGCACUGUUGUGAUUAAAGGGGUACGUAUUUUGGACAUCAAUGUUUUAGCUCCUUUGAUGGAGGACCCGUCUUUGGACGUGAAAGUUAUACACUUAGUGAGAGACCCCAGGGCGGUGGCAAAUUCCCGAAUUAAAUCGAGGCACGGCUUGAUAAGAGAAAACUUGCAGGUUGUGAGAAGCAGGGACCCGAAACUUCGCAGGAUACAGUUUGUGGACCCAAACCACAAAAUGAACAAAAAAGACGGUUCUGAUUACCAUUCCAUUGGGGCAAUGGAGGUGAUAUGUGACCGGACCACAAAGACUCUUAGAACUGCCCUAAACCCUCCCAGUUGGCUGAAGGGGAAAUACAUGGUGGUACGUUAUGAGGAUUUAGUUGAAGAUCCUGUAAAAAUUGUAAGAGGUGUGUAUCGCUUUGUAAACCUCUCUGCUAGUCACGAUAUCGAGUCAUUUGCACUUAACAUGACGAGUGGGUCCGGCUCUUCCUCCAAACCUUUUAUCGUCUCCUCCAGGAAUGCGACGCAAGCAGCUAGUGCUUGGAGGACAGUGCUAAAUUUUCAACAGAUUAAACAGGUGGAAGAUUAUUGUCAUCAUGCCAUGACGUUCCUAGGUUACGAACGUGUUAAAACCGCCGGAGAAGUAAAGGAUUUAAGCAAGUCUCUACUGACAGUUCCCAAACUGUGAGAAUGUUAUCACCAAAGACCAUAGCAAUGUACGUCAUUUUAAUCGGUGUUUUAAAGACGUUCACAGCACACACUGCGCGAAUGUACCUUCUUUUAUUAUCUUUUAAAGAUGAUGCAGUGUAACUGAACGUUUUAAUAAACGAUGAUGUUUAAAAGAUAGGUCGGCCUAUAUACAUUUACUGUUACAUAACUUUUUUUUUUCAACGAUAGAAACGUGUCAGUUACAUUCGGCUGCUAUCGCUACUAUUGAGUUUAUUUGCAUACAUCCCAGUCCAAAAGCUUGCUGAGCAUAGGCCCAACCCAUGCCGUUAUAUGAACAUUGUGACCGUAAUGUUUUGAGGUUGAACUCAUAAAGAUGCUGAGAUUGUAAGUACUGGGCCAGUUUUAACAAAGACAAUCAUUAAAAAAGAAAGAAAGAAUAAAGGGUCGUUGUUUGGUUUAUGUUCACAAGUUACUUAAUUUAACUUUUCUGUGUUAGAUACAGAACAAAGAUUUAACCGUAUGGUGCUUGGCUGUAGAUUCACCGACAAAGCAAGCUUCUCUCCUUGAAGCCGCCUUGUCAGUCUACCAGUCUGGGCUUUUUAUUCGAUAUCACUCGAUACACAAGGCAUUAAAUAUUGUCAAAAUGGGUCCAUAAGUUAAAUUCAGUCUGAAACGUGUAAGAACUAUUUUUUAAAACGCUGUUUUGUCAUUGCAUUUUAAAUGAUACCCCUUUUAAAUUACUACAUAUCAGCACCGAAAUGCUGUGUAGGGGGGAAACGGUUAUAUUGCCUUUGUAAACUGUGAACAUAUAACUGCUUGGGAAAUAUUCCUAUUUGUGAGAGAAACAGACUUGUGCACUUGGGAAAGACUAAUUUUAACCUCCCCUUCUAAAAACUGCAACUGUCUAUAAUUUAGUACAGGGUCCUUAGCUCAUUCCAUAAUACAAAAUAGGGUUGUUUUUUUAAAUACACCACCCCACAAAUAAAUUAUGACCAUCAAACACAUGGAUUUGUAGAAAUAAUAAUAUUAAAUAUAGACAUAGAAUAUCAAAAGCCUUGCAUUACGCACAUCUCUUUUUAUGAUUCACAGAAUAGUCAAUAUUGAAAGCCUACUCACAGCUGUACACUGUAAAUCCUGAUAAGACACCUUUACUAAAAAAAAAAAAAAGAGUAAACACAUUGCCUUAAUAUAAUUAAGUUUAGCUAAUCAUUUAGUUUUUGUUAUAACAGCUUUCUCUGGGGCUGACUAAACUCAUAACAUGUAUAUUCAUGUAACUUAAUCCAUUUAGUUACUUUCUAAUACUCAAGUUAUUUUGAACAAUUAUAUUUCAUUUAAACAACAAAAACUUAGCCCAAACAACAGAGUGUGCAAUUAACAAGCCAUUUUAUUAUCUGCCAGUGCAGUACUUCUGCUCAGGCUGCUUAUGGCAGCAGUUGCAAGUGCUGGACCCAGGCAGAUGCAGAGAUGUAAAAAGAAGGGAGGGAGGACACAUCCACAGACUGACCACCGAGCGGGGGUGGCCACACAGAACGCAAGGAGAACAAGUAUAAGGGAGCAGGCGGGGGCAAGCAAACACAACAAACUUGUGCAACCACACAUACACAAAACAACAACACAAUAAACAACAACAUUUCCAAAAAUAAACUAUACAAGUCCCGCAAGGGCUGAUGGGAAUCUAGUCCCGAUUCUCCUUAAAACAUUUACGCUUGAACAACUAAAGUAAAUUUGAAUGUUCAACUAACUUAAAAUGGAUGAGUGUUGUGAAUAAAAUGUAAUAAAACAUUAAUGUAACUUGAUUUAAUUGAUUUAGAAUGACUUUGGGGUUUACAAUGUAUUUCCACAGCUCAUCCCUGUAUUGCUGAAGUAUCCAGCUUGUUCGCUCUAUGGAGACCAGGGGAUUGAACCAGUCAUGUGUUUAUGCUUGUAUGAGGAAGUUGGAGCAUGCAUGAAAGAAUUUCACUUUUCUUUUUGGGCUGAACAGCAAGAUAGCUCUUUCCCAAGCCUGUUAUCAUUCUGUAAAUCAGGUCUCAGUUUGUACAACAUUGCCAGUACAGUAAUGCUUUAGCUUUGUGCAUUGCAUUCAUGAAUAGGAAUGUAGAUCCUGAAAAUUACUUUCUUUGACAGGAAUGUGGACCAGUUUGCAGUAUAUCAGAAAUGUGCAUUUGAAAUUUGACCAAAUAAAACCAUUUGCAAACAUUAAGCAAGUAUGGAUAUGACUUUAUAAAAGGGCUAAAUAUGAGACACAAAGUUAAAAAAUGCUAUAUGUUUAAUUCUAUAUACAUGCACAAUUUGAUAAGACAUCUAUAACCACAGAUGUUGCCUAAUUUGUAAAAUAGGCAAGCAGAGAGCUAACCAGCAAAGUAUUUGCCAAUUGUGCUCAAUAGGAAAAAUGUAUAUGCCUAGGAAUUGCAAUCAGUUUCUACUUUUUUUUUCACUGACUUGAUCACUAAAUUCUAUUUAAGCAAUAAUUUUGCUAACUACGACAUUACUCCAAUUAUAAUUAUAAAUAUGGACUGUCUAUACAAAAGAAAGAAAGCACAACACUUGGCAUAAGAGACACCAAUUUCUUUAUUGCUUACAUUUUUUAGCUAGCUUCAAAUACUCCAAUUACAAGGAAUCUUAAAUCUUAUAUAUAACACAAUAACAGGGAAAUAGUCAAAUGGGAGUCAAAUAGAAAAUGUAAAAAUGCAUG